GUAUUUAUAUGUGGUUGGGACCGUAUCUUCUAUAACCGUUCCACUUGUUUUGCUGUUAUAACACCGCGAUGAACACCUUUUUAGACCUUCAUCUUUAAACAUCCAUCCACUUGCUUCCUUUGAAGAAAUUCCAGCAGUAGAAAGUGCUACCUCAUGCGUCUGUUGCCAGAGCGGGGCAUCUGCCCGUGUCCCACGUGUGCCGCAAAGCAUGCCAUGGCCAGCAAGUGCUCCUCGAAGCUGCUCUCGCCUCCUGCAAAGCCAGACCUCAGCCAGCAAGCACACGGAGCCAAGCCCGCCGCUCUCCAGCAAGGACAACGGCCCAGCUCGAGAGCACGCCCUGAGCAACUGCGUCUGAUCCUUCAGCCAAGCAGCAGGGAAUCAUUAGCAGCCUGAGGAGUGGCCAGCUGGGAGCCUCAGGGACCGCCCAGCCUUGCUCCUGGCUCACCCACAAGAUGUGGACAGCCCUUGUGCUCGUUUGGAUUUCCUCCUUGUCCUUAUCUGAGAGCCUGGUGCCAAUCAAGGAUGCACGGCACUCAGUCCUCAACAAGACAGAUAAUCCGGACGAGAAAGAUGCAUCUGUGAUGACAGUUACGAGAGUCCUUCAUGGAACGUCUGAAACAAUGACCGCGGUGACACCUUCUCCUGUCCCAUUGGCCACAGCGAGCCCGGCGGCCAACGCCAGCUCUCCUUCGGUCACAGCAGGGAGAACUCUCAGGACAGACGACGCAGGGACGGAAGAUGCCCCUGACCCAGUAGCCUCCAGGGCACCCCUGCCACCUGCUUCGGCGGCGGCGGGGCGGACCCCGUCCUCCGCCACCGUCCGCGUCCCUCGCGUGCAGGAGCCGAGCGGCAGCCUCCUGCCGGGCACAGCCACCCUGACGACACUGGCCACCAGCGCUCAGCCUGCCGCUGGGACCACAGCGGGUGCCCGCAGCCCUUCCCAGCAUGCCCCUGGCAACCCCACAGCCAGCCCCACGCCCCCCUCGGGCCCGCAAGCACCUAACGUGUCCACGCAAGCCCCCGCCAUCCAGGCAUCAGCGGCCCGGCCCACAGCUGGCACGGCAAGUGGGCCCAUGCCCACCCUCUCCAACAGCACCUCAGAGCCUACCCGCCCCCCUGUGGCUUCCACGGCUCCCGCGGCCACCAUAGCGGUGACCCGCACCACGGCCCCGGCCCAGGAGCCGACUACCAGCACAGCGUCAGCGCCCCGCAGCAGCCCGACCCCCAAGGGGGAGGCCACGUCCCCCACGACCCGGCCGAGCCCUGCUCCAUCGACCUGGGGGACUGCGGGGCCCGGCACAGCCCGGCGCCCCGAGCAGGUGCUGCCUGAAACCUCUCCUGGUCCCGCGUCCACCGCCCCAGCGCCCGGGAGUCCCGGGGGCUCAAAGAUGCCACCCACAGCCUUGUGCCCACUCAGCAGCCAAGGCCAGUACCUGGUGGUCACCGCCAAGCCCCUCACCCCCUCUCUGGUGAGCAGAGGUUUCCUCCUGGCAGUGCUCUUGCUCGGGGUGACUCUUUUCAUCAUAGUUUUGGUCCUGUUAGCCCUGCAAGCCUACGAGAGUUACAGGAAGAAAGAGUACACGCAGGUGGACUAUCUCAUCAAUGGGAUGUACGCAGACUCAGAACUGUGACGGGCCGAGGGGGCCGAGCCCACCCCUCCUUCCAUUUUGCCUCUGAGACCAAACCAAGUGCUUCCAGAUCCUUUUGGUGCAAUUAGGAGGCGUGCCGGACGCUUCAACACAUUUACUUGCUGUCAGAUUAAUUCCUCAAUCACUCAAGAGUUGCUGCUUUUUCAUAUUUAUUUUUGUAAACAAUCAUGUCCAUGGAGUGGGCAGUGAUCCCACUACAGCGGGGCUGGCAGGGCCCCGGUGUGGAUCCCGACCCGAAUUAAAGCAAUGACCGCCUUCCA